GCAAGCAGGCAGCGCAGUCAUGCGAGGAGAAGCAGCAAACAGCAGCUGAGUUGACGGCGCACACUCUCACGCGUAGAACAUCGGGGCCGCUAAAUUUUGUGACCGAGACGAAGCAGAGCGGCAAUACCCUAGCGUUUGCACAACAUUUUGCCUCGUAUAUUCCCGGUUAAAAGUUCAAUGCAAAGUGAAGCAAAACAACAAUACAAAAAAAUACACGCGCUACAGCAAAAGAGCUAACAGGGCAAUUGAGAAGGCCAACGCGGAGGCGGAGACGAGUGCUAGAGCUAGAGCUAGAGGGAGCAAGCAAGCUUGAUUCUACUUUUGAGCCGCACAAAUGACAAUGUCGACCGCCGCCGUUCCAACAUCCAGCAGCACCCCCAAACUGGCCAAGUUCAAAUCUUCGUCAUUGGACCACGAGAUAUAUACCGCCAAUAGGCGAAGCACUAUCGCCACCUCCGGCACCGAUUGGAAGGCAUUGCGAGGUUCACUCAAUGGAAGAUCGGGGCAUGGGGGCAACCUAAAUGGAGGACACAUGACCCGCGCUGCCUCCACUUCAUCGCUGGCCAGCAGUACGCGCACCAUAACCAACUAUCAGGAGUACAAAAUGGAAAUUAUUAAUCAGGGCAAGUGCCUGUGUGGACAAUAUAUCAGGGCACGGCUACGUCGAGCAGGUGUUUUGAAUCGGAAGGUGAUACAAAGACUGCGCAAUAUACUGGAGCCAUCAUCCCAUGUCGUCUACGAGGUGUUUCCAGCCCUCAACAGCAUGGGGGAAGAACUCGAACGUAUGCAUCCACGCAUUUACACGAACAUCUCAAGGCAACUGUCACGCGCACCUUUUGGGGAACUGGAGGACAGUGAUAUGGCUCCCAUGCUACUGAAUCUGGUCGCCAAGGAUAUUUUUCGAACAAGCAUCACCUGGGGCAAAAUUAUAUCGAUAUUUUCGGUGUGUGGCGGGUUUGCCAUUGACUGCGUCCGUCAGGGUCACUACGAUUACUUGCAAUGUCUGGUCGACGGUCUGGCCGAGAUUAUUGAGGAUGAUCUGGUUUAUUGGUUAAUCGAUAACGGCGGUUGGCUGGGACUUCAGCAACACAUACGGCCGCGAGUCGGUGAAUUCACAUUUCUUGGCUGGCUGACUCUUUUCGUGACCAUCUCGGCUGGCGCCUACGUAGUAUCGAAUGUUUGCAAGCGAAUUGGAAGUCAAUUGUACUCGUUAUUAUUUUAGUAUCGGGUCGCAUUAGCUAGCUUUAAUUGUACUGUAUAGUCAGUGAGACAUAGUUUCAAUCAUUCCUCCUUACAAUUUUUAUUAGCAUUUAAAGAAUUAUAUUUAAUGUUUAAUAUUGAUACU